AUGAAAAUCGUUCUGUUCGGUGCACCGGGAGUCGGUAAAGGAACCUUUGCGGAAAUUUUGUCCAAAAAAGAAAAGUUAAAGCACAUAAAUAUAGGAAACAUAUUGAGAGAGGAAAUAAAAAAAGAAAGCUGUGUGGGAAGAGAAGUUAAGAAAAUAGUCACGAGCGGAAAUUUAGUGAACGAUGACUUAAUCAUAAAUAUUGUAAAGGAUGAAAUAAACAAAACAAUAAUCAAAGGUUAUAACAAUUUUAAAGGGUUCAUAUUGGAUGGGUUUCCACGAAAUAUAUAUCAAAGCAGCGAAUUAGUGAAAAUCACAGAUAUUGAUUUAUUUGUCAACAUACAUUUGCCAAAACAUAUAUUAAUUAAAAAAUUGAGUGGGAGAAGAAUUUGUGCUCAAUGUAAUAACAAUUUUAAUGUUGCUGAUAUAAGAGACAAUAACUAUGAUAUGCCUCCCAUUUUGCCAUCUACAGAAUGCAAAAUUUGUAAUGGAAAUGCAAAUUUGCUCAAAAGAAGUGAUGAUAAUAACGAAAUUAUUGCACACAGAUUGGAUUCAUACCAAUCGACUAACUUACCAAUUAUUAAUUUUUUUAAAAAUUUGAAUUGUAACGUCCUCCAUUUUGACAUCAAGCGGGGCAUAAAAGAUUUCGACAAUUUUUACAACACUAUCGUGAAACAUUUUUAG